AUGGUGUUUUUUUGUCUUGCAGAUUUCAAGUAUCAUAAAGGAUCCGAUUCAGUGUUGGAAGUAAACAAACAAGAUUAUGAUUCAUGCAACACCAAGAAUCCAAUCCACGAGAGGGACAGUGGACAUUCAACUUUCCUAUUGGACAAAUCAGGUCCCUUUUACUUCAUCAGUGGAAAAGUUUCAAAUUGUCUAAAGGGCGAAAAGUUGCAUCUUGUUGUUUUGUCUCCACACCAUGGCAAAGGACAUCAAGGUCCAUCAUCAUCACCUUUCGUUGCACCGGUACACUCCCCAGCAACGUCUCCAGCAUGGAUUGCUCCGACACCAAGUGCUACUAGAUGGAAUGCUCCUUCACCAAGUGCUAUCGGUUGGAAUGCUCCAACACACUCCCCAUCACAAUCACCUGCUUGGAAGGCUCCUUCACCAAGUGCUACCAGCAAGACUGCUCCAACACAAUCACCGGUUUGGAAUGCUCCUUCACCAAGUGCUACCGGCUGGACUGCUCCCGCACACUCCCCAACACAAUCACCGACUUGGAGUGCUUCUUCACCAAGUGCUACCGGUUGGACUACUCCGACACACUCUCCAACACAAUCACCGGCUUGGCAUGCUCCUUCACCAAGUGCUACCGGUUGGACUGCUCCUGCACAUUCUCCAACAAAAUCAUCGGGUUGGAAUGCUCCGACACCAAGUGCUACCGGUUGGACUGCCCCUACACAUUCUCCAGCACAAUCAUCAGCUUGGAAUGCUCCGACACCAAGUCCUGCCAACAUACAUGCUCCGACUCCAAGUCCAACCGACGAAGAUGCUCCAAAACCAAGUGAUAUUGACAAUGACUCUCCAGCUCCAUCUCCUGGUCAUUCGGGUUCUAGGAGGUUGAGUGGUUUUGUUGGUGUGAGUGUUGUGGUGGCUUUGGUCUUAGGAAGCUUUGCUUUUUAGAAUGUUAAUUUUCGCGCAUCUACAAACAUUGUUGUUUUUUUUCCUUCUUGUUUUGUUGUUAAAUUUCGUCUUCUUCAGUUUUUUGUUUCAUAGUGUUGCUGGU